CGACAACCGGUUGUUUGAGCGGUUUUGCCCUAAUGGUCGGCCACUCUGUAUGGCCUCUUAUGGUGACAGCUGAUGCCCAGGAGGUGAAAUAGAGGCAUCAUGACUGUGGACAUAGCCAUAGACUGGAAGGUCUACAGAACUUGUGAUCAGGGUGUAGCGGAAAAGAUCAGCAGCGCUCUUGACUGUGGCUUCAAGGUGAUAGCUUGCAUUGGCGAAUCAAAGCAGGACAGAGAGGCGGCGCAGCGGGAGCUCUUGCUCUACGGCCAGGCCUCGGUACUGACGGCCCGAGUGUCCAACUGGACCAACUUGGUUCUCGCUUAUGAACCCGUGUGGGCCACGGAGACGGGAGAGGUUCCGGAUCCAAAAGAGGUUAUUGAUGUUUUGACUCGUCUUCGGCUGUGGAUUAGUCUGGCCAAGAGCCAGGAGGUGGGCGACUCGCUGAGGAUCAUCUACGCUGGCAACCUCACCACUGACCUGCUCAACGGGCUCAGGAAUAAUACGGAUGGCUUUCUUUUCAAGUCAGAGCCUCUCCUCUUCUGCAGUAUUGGUUCGCAAAGGAUUGUGUCGAAAAACGGAGGAGGGGAAGUGAAAAAGGGAAAGGAUCAAGUGACAAAGGUUGAAAUAAAAAGGAAACUCUACGCGCUGCCUGGAGGUAGAACCAACAGAACCAGCAAAAAACUUAUUACCCUCGACGACAUCAGCCUUGCCCACCUUUUCUCCUACUUUUUGAAAUUUGCGGUUAGAUUAGAGGCAUCCAGAACCAAGAAUAAAGGACAAGCGGCUGACAAGCCAUCUGUUCUGAACGAUGAUGAUUGCGAGGAGGAAGAGACGGACGAGGACAACGAAGAUGACCGUGAUAUUUCCUCAUCUCCUGAGGAGCCUCAGUUGCCCAAAUACGACCCGAGACUGGACGAAUUGUUGAAACUGCGGGCGCAGCAACGACUUGAUCUUCUCCUCCACAUUUCAACUCAGUGCCAAAGAAAAGAAUCAACCGAUUGCAUAGUGCCGUUGUGCAGCGAGAUGAAAUACGUGUGGAGUCACAUGCAGAACUGUGAGGAGGCAGAGUGCCCCAUUCCCUUGUGUGAUAGAAUAGCCAAUAUCGUCAGUCACUGGUCCAAAUGCUAUCUGGAGGAGGACAGGGAGUGCCCUUUGUGCACCCCAGUCAAGGAGAGGCAGACCAGGAAAAAUCUGAAGGCUCGACGAAGACUUCCUCAGCGUCAGCAGCCUCCUAGUGCUAAUUCAGUGCCCAUUAUGGAUCCUCCGAGUCCCAGUAGCUCUAUUUCUAAUUCCCCAAAGCAACAUGCCGAAUCGUCAGUCCAAAGUUCCCCUGAAGUUGCCUCUAGUAAUAAGGAAAUGGACGCUGCGAAAAACCUUGACGAUAAAGUUGAAGGGAAAGAAAUUAAUGUGUCUGUGCGAAAAAAGCACAAGGGCAAAUCUAAGAAGAGAUCGCAAGGUUUCAACCGAAAACAGGGCAAAAAGUCUGGCCGAAAAUCAGGUGGACGGGGCCAAAAAUCGACUCAGAAAAGGGCUCAGACUCCUGAGGAGGAAGACGACGAUGACGAUGAUGAAAUCGAUUCGGAGAACGACGAUCCCAACAAGAGCAAAGACGAGGACGAAGAUGGAGGGCCGGACGAGCCCCAACCUAAAAGUCCACCUCCGCCUGUAAUGCAGUCAAAGGAGCAUGAACUGCUGCCUCAAGUACUGACUCCAACAAGACCGAAAAAUGAGACCAGGAGGCAAGCAAAGUCCAAGGUUUGGACCCUUUCGGACGGCUCGGAUGUGGAAGAAACCCUAGAGGAAGAGCUGGCAGCCAUAACCGUGGCUGUCAACAAUGUGAAACGAUUGGUCUACACUCUGUUGCUCAUCAGGACGACAGUCAGGUGCAAGGGCAACAAAGGCAGUCAGCUCGACGUUGAAGACUGUUGCAAGAAUGUGACUUGUCAGCCAAUGCAGGACGUGCUCAAUCACCUCAGAAUCUGCAGAAAGGGCGAGGAAUGUCUUGUGGCCUGUUGCUACAGCGCCAGGCAGGUCAUCUGCGGCUGGGAAUUCUGCCAGGAGUACUGCAGCGUGUGCAGCACGGUUCGCUGCAUCUGGAAGGACAUCGACAAAGUUCCUGCUCCUGUUUUCUCAGACUGUCGCAUUCCCGACGAAGAUCUACACAAACUUAUGACUGGUGAUUUGACUGUGAGUCUGCACAAGCAGUACGCGCACUUGGCCCAAAAGCAGCUGUCGAGCAAGAGGUCGUUGCACGUCAUGCACUAUGCAGGAAUUUUGCUGAGGAGGCAGCAGCUCCUCCACCAGAAGCAGCUGCAGCAGCAGGCCGAGGAGGAACACUCGCUCGAACUUCACGACCUGCAUGCCUACGACUGCAUCAUGCAGCUCAACAUGCAGCAGAAAUUGGAAUUGUUGCUCCAUGUGCACGAAUGUGCCUCUCCGCAAAUUCAGUGUGAUGUGGCGCUGUGUAGAGAGAUGAAGACUUUGUGGAGCCACGUGUGCACCUGCCAGAACGUCAAGUGCGCCGCCGUGUGCAUCACCAUUCGCGAAUUGAGUCUGCACUGGAACAUGUGCUGCAACAACAUCAGCGAGUGUCCUCUUUGCACGCCACUUGCACAAGCUCGAUUUGAGCAGCAGGAGGCGUGCUCGAGUCCCAGCAUCGACAGCACUUCGAAAGAGCACGAAAUGCGCUCGUUGAUCAGGAAAAUGCGCACCCUGCUGGCGGUUUUCCUUUGCAUCAGCGAGGAGAAGGAAGAUGACGUCUCGUACCGCAAACUUUAUGGUUCCUGCUGUGCCUAUCUGGGCUGCGAGGCUGCCAAAGAGGUGCUGCACCACUUGCGGACGUGCACCCUGCUGGAGAAAUGUGAGGUGGUCUGUUGCUACUCUUACCGGCAAAUAAUCUCUGGAUGGAAAUUCUGCGAGCCGACGUGCCGGAUUUGCACGCCGAUGCGCGAGCUCUGGGAGGUGAUUGAGCGGGUUCCGUCGCCGCUGUCGGUCGGCUGCGACUGCACCGAGGGAGAGGUGUAUCAGUACAUUGAGAACAGCAAGUGACCCAUCAACGGACAAUAAUCGGAAAAAAAUGGCAUCAUCUAACCUACUAUAGCACUCUACUGCUGAAUCAUUGCUGUGAACCGGUCUGUUUUGUUCUGUUUUUGUUACUCGCUUGCACUAUUAUUGUUGAUUGUCACGAGUGGAUGAACAAGAAAAUCAUACACAGUCUGAAUGAGAUUUCUCUAACAAUUGUCCAAAGGCUGGCCCUGUGUAAAUUUUGAUUUAUCUUUCUUUCCUCCCAAGCGCCACAAAAAUAGACCUUCGGAAUCCCUUCUGUUAAUUUAAUCAGAUCUGCCUACAAAGUCAUCCUUGAAAUUCAUGUAACCAAUAACAGGACGUGUGAGCGUGUAUAUAAGAUUUUACACUAAUUUUAUUUAUUUUCGGUGUAGAAAGUCUAUUUAUCUUUCGUAGGCUAAAACUGCAAUAUUUUGGAAAUUUAUUCAUCAGCUUUUCUUUUCGCAUGCAAUAAUUGUGGUGAAUUUUAUUUGUCGGAAGUCAAAAUUAUUAUAAUUAUGUACUUAUGAGUUUUACUUUAGUUUUCUGCAGGAGAACUUUGGUCUUUUUUACUUUUAUAUAAAUGCCACCGGUAUGCUUAGCGACUUUUGUUUUUGUCUGAUACGAACUUGUGUUUACGAACUAAAAGCCAAAAUUAAUUUGUGAUUAGAACCUUCAUAAUAAAUAAUGCGAUAACAUUUUAUUAUUCAUUUGAACGAAAUCGAGGGCGAAUGAGAAUUACUGCGUGUAGAUGUAAUUUAUAAAUCUUA